GUUUUUUUAUGUACCGUGCACAUGGAUAUUUAAUAAUUUAAAUGUACCACCGUGCCCUUUAAUAUCACUAACGCUAGAGGGAACGACCCGCUCCUUAUGUAGCUAACGCUAGCUAUGUUAUAACGGUUUGCUGUGGCAGCAGGUAACGUUAGCCAGUCAGCUAAUCUCCGUUGUGGGGAAUUUAACUCAUUUAACGUUACUCAACCAGUUACUUUUCUGAAAAGACGUAGCUCAACAAACCAGAAAUGAGUUCGCAAAUUCGACAAAACUUUCACCAGGACUGCGAGGCUGCCAUCAACAGACAGAUAAAUCUGGAGCUCUAUGCUUCUUAUGUUUAUCUCUCUAUGGCGUACUAUUUUGAUAGGGAUGAUAAAUCUCUAUCAAAUUUUGUAAAGUUCUUUCAUGCACAGUCCAAAGAGGAGCACGAACAUGCAGUGAAGUUGAUGAGUCUGCAGAACAAGCGGGGAGGCAGAAUGUUUCUGCAGGACAUCAGGAAACCUGAUAGAGAUGAGUGGGGGAGCAGCCUGGAGGCUUUGGAGUGUUGCUUGCAGCUGGAGAAAAGUGUAAACCAAUCCCUGCUGGACCUGCAGAAAAUGGCGACUGAAAACAAUGAUCCCCAUUUGUGCAACUUCAUAGAAACAGACUUUCUGGAUGAGCAGGUUAAAUCUAUCAAACAGCUCGCUGACUGGAUAUCCAACAUGCGUCAGAUGGGAGCCCCUAAGAGCGCCAUGGCGGAGUACCUCUUUGACAAGCACACCAUGGCUGACCAAGGCAGUUAAAAUACACUUUGAUACUGAUGAUCAUCCUGGUCAAUGCUGCGUGCCACCCUGUCCCUGAAUGUAAUAGAGAUACGGCUGCUUAUUUUGUUUGUUAGCUGUCAAUCAACUGCAAAAUUUACACAAGGCAUAAAUGGCUCUCUAAACUGGACUACUGCAGACCUCACUUCAUGUUACACUCCAGAUUACAAUGGAUCUAUUGUUGAUGUUUUAUAGAAUUAAUGACUGUGAAAACAUUAAUACAUGCCAGUUAUAUGUUCAUUCUUUUAUUUUACUGAUUGUUUCUGUGUUUUGGAGUUUACAAAGUGUGGUGGCUAAAACACAACAAUUUGAUGUCUGAGCUGAACUUUAAAGUGUAUUUAAAAAGAAAUGCAUCAGAUUUGAGUUGCAUCUCAUAUUUAUGGGUUAAGUACAUACUGUAUAGCGACUGUGUAAGCUGACUAUAGUUGAUUAAAGUAAGUGUUUUUUGAACGCACUGAUUUGGACAAGCAGGUGAAAUCCAU